AUGGCCGCCGAUCUAACUCCGAGUAAAGCAGCUCUCUCCCUCCUCGACAACAUCGCGCAACUAAGCAAUGGCUUCAAGAACGGCGAAAGCGGCGCAAGAGAAGGGUUACUGGAUGCAUGCCGUGGCCUCAUCGCAGAAGUCAGCCACCCAUCCGAAAACAUGCUGCAACUACUCUGGGCGCAACCCGCCCACCUCUCCACCCUCUGGAUGGCCGUCGAAGUAAAGCUCUUCCAAGCCAUGCGCACCACCCCAGACUCCGGAGCCAGCAGCCUGGAAAUCGCAAAGAAAUGCGACAAAAACGUCGACCCCGUCAUCGUCGCACGCAUGCUGCGGCACCUCGCCGCCAUGGGCACAGUACGCGAAACAGGUCCUGAUACUUUCGCCAACACACCCACCUCCAGUGCUUUCGCCGAGCAAGCAUACCAAGACUCUAUUUCGUACAUUGCAGAAGACUUUCAACCCGUGCAUCACUCUAUGAAAUCAUAUUUCGAACAGAGGGAUUGGAAGUGUCCUGAUAGCGGGCUUGAUGCGCCGUUCCAACAUACGUAUAAUUGUAAGGGGAGCCAUUACUUUGAGUAUUUUCAGCAGAAUCCGGAAAUGGGGAGGCGGUUUGCUAGCAUGAUGGGGAGUUGGAGUAAGGGGCGGCCGAGGUGGUUUGCGAGUGAUUACUAUCCGGUGCAAGAGAGGUUGAUUAGUGGAGCGGAGAAGGACAAACCUUUCCUCGUUGAUGUUGGGGGUGGGUCUGGACAUGAUGUUGAGGGGUUGAGGGAGGCGUUUGAGGGACGGUUACCGGGUGGGCUGGUGUUGCAGGAUAGGCCUGAGAUCGUUGAGCUUGCGAGGCUUGGGCAUGGUGCGCAGGCUAUGCCGCAUGACUUUAUGACGGAGCAGCCUGUCAAGGGCGCGAGGGCGUAUUAUCUGCAUUCCAUCAUUCAGGACUGGAACGACGAUGUCAACUCCCAGAUUCUGAAAGCGAUUGUGCCGGCUAUGACGAAGGGGUAUUCCAAGGUUCUUGUUAACGAUUUCGUCGUGCCGGAUCAGGGUGCGCAUUGGGUGCAGAGUAAGUUCUCCAUUCUCAUUGCUCGAUAG